AUGUCCCAAGCUCUAACAACGACCGAUCUGCAAGGCGCUUUGCCCCUCGUCGCCCGGGGCAAGGUUCGCGACUUGUACGAAAUCGACGACAAGACUCUACUCUUCGUCGCAACCGAUCGUAUCUCUGCCUACGAUGUGAUCAUGGAGAAUGGAAUCCCCAACAAGGGAGUUCUGCUCACCCUCUGCACUCGCACCUGGUUCAACGCUCUGAAGGAAGCCGUCCCCUCUCUGCGCACACAUUUCAUCACCCUCGAUCUGCCUCCUCAAAUCCCUGAAUCCCUGCGCCCCGUGCUACAGAACCGCAGCAUGCAAGUCCGCAAGCUCCGCAUCCUCCCCAUCGAGGCCAUCGUCCGCGGAUACAUCACCGGCUCCGCCUGGAAUGAGUACAAGAAGUCUGGCACCGUCCAUGGAAUCAAGGUCGCCCCCGGCUUGCAAGAGAGCCAGGCUUUCCCCGAUGGUCCAAUCUACACCCCUAGCACCAAGGCGGAGCAGGGCGAGCAUGACGAGAACAUCCACCCCGAUCAAGCUGCCGAGAUCCUCGGAGAGUAUGCCUCAACCGUCGAGGCGCUGGCCUUGCAAUUGUACAAGGUUGCACACGAAUAUGCGGACAAGCGCGGGGUUAUCAUCGCCGAUACCAAGUUCGAGUUUGGUGUCGACGAGGAGACGAACGAGGUUGUGCUGGCCGAUGAGGUCUUGACCCCAGACUCGUCCCGAUUCUGGCCCAAGGACUCGUACGCGAUUGGUCGUGGCCAGUCCAGCUUUGACAAGCAAUUCCUGCGGGAUUGGCUUGUCUCAGAGGGUCUCAAGGGUAAGGAUGGUGUGCGGAUGACCGAGGAGAUUCAGCAAAAGACCGCCGAGAAGUACAAGGAGGCUUGGGAGAAGAUCACCGGUGGUCAAUAA